AUGGGCGUUCAACAAAGCUCAUCGUCAUCAGGAGGUGGUGUUGGUGUUGGUCUAGAUCAUUUACUUCAUUCCAUAACCAUCAAUUCUGGUCAAUAUCUAGCAGGUGAUGAUGAUGAAAAAAUUGUCGGACAAAUUCAAACCACUAGACAAACACGUUCUCUUUUCAAUACACGAAUUAAUCGAGUAAAUUCAUCAUCUAAACCUGUUGGUAGUAAUGGUAAAAUAGACAAGUCAAAUGCCACAACUCCACCCAUUGGAAUGUUAAAUUCUGAAGCGAUGGAAAGAGUUAGAGAUAAAUUAGUGAAUGCAUCUUCAAUGUGGUUGAGUAUUGAUGAUUCGAAUCGUGAACAAUCAAGUUUACAAAAACGAAUUUUGAAUGGUUCAGGAACAACUUCGAUAUUACAUUUUAGAAGAAGAGCUGCUUCGUCACCUGAGGAACGAGAGAAAUUGAUAAUGACAUUGGCAAUGUAUUUGAGUCAUAAGGAAGAAAUGUUGACUUCGUAUAUGGCAUCUGACUGGAUGUCAUCUGUUAGAAUUAUUGAGAAAAUGUUAAUUCCGAGUGAAUAUUCACAGUUUAUAGAGUUGGCUGUUCAAGUUAUUGAUGAGAAUUUUGAAUUGCCAAGUGAAGAUUCAGAAUCUCUAAAGAAGAAAAAGAAUCAUAAUAGAAAUAGGUCAGGAGGAAUUUUGUCAUCUGUUUCACAUCAUCAACAUAGACGUCAAGCUGUGCCUAAAAAUCAAAAUUUGACGCCUCAACCAUCUACUGUAGAAACACAAUAUGUAAAUAUCAAACUAAUGAUUGUUCCUCAGCAACUAAAAUACUCGACGCUUGUAGAGGCAUGUUUUCCAGUUUUGGAAAGCUUUUUAAUUGAUCCAAUGGAUGGAAUUGCAGAUAGUUUUGCAGUUUCACUUGUUGUAGAUAAUUGGUUCCUCUAUUUUGAACCUGACACUAACUUGAUUAUACCAAAGAAAUUAUACUGUACAGCCAAAUCAUUUGUGGAUGAGCAAAUUCCCACAUUUGUACGAGUUCAACACAAAUCCAAUCAGAUUCAAUCCCUACUUGCAUCAUGUGUGAGUAAGUGGAACAAUUCAAUGUAUUUUAAAGCAUCCAAGACAGAUGAUAUGCACACCAUGUCCAUGGAAGAACAUGUAGAACCUUCUCUUGAAGAUUCAUUCAGUGAUAGAUCGACUGCCAGCAGUUUGAAUCAAAAAUAUUAUGGAAAUUCGUUUGAUUUUAUUGAAGACUUUUUUGUAAACUAUCUCAAAUUUGAUUUUAUCAACACACCAACUGCCAAAUAUUUACAAUCAUUUUUACAAAAUGUACAAAAAUUCGGAUUUAGUGAAUUAAUGUUUAAUGCAAGUGAUGACCUCUCAUCCAAAUAUGGAGAGGAAUUGAGAUUGGCCAAGGAUGGAAAGCUCAGCUUUUUAGACUCUGGUGAGUUGGAUUUUUUUAUGGAUAAGCUUUCCUUGGCUAUUCAAGAGAAUGAACCAAUUUUCGAAACAAUACCGAGCGAUUGUUUGGAGAAUAAUCCAUUCGUUGCACUGAAUAUCUUGAAUGGAGCAUUCAACAUACAAUAUAUAGACGAGGAUGAGUAUGAAUUAUAA